GUGUGCCGUAGCCCGGGAAGAAGCUGUUCUCAAACAGGGCCCGAUCUGCAGGGGUCUUGUUUCAUCCACCUGCAGUUUGAUAAGCCUUCGUCCAUCCCCGGAUAUAGGUUUACCGUUUGAUCACCAAUGCCACUUGUGCGCCGCGGCACGCGUUUGCCGCUUUGCGUGCGGAUCAGAGCGGAUCACACCCUCUCGCGGCUACGACACGCAAACCGACAUGGUCUGAGGUCAGAGAUGUGAAACUUGCCUUGUUACCCCAGCUCGGGCCAUGACCUCAGCAGAAGGAUUUCAACUGGACCCCUUCAGACCUCCCUGAAGAUCCCGCUUUUCGUCUGUUUACUUUUCUCAAUAUCUCAGCAAUAAUAAUAAUCAUUGGGGACCAUUUCGAUUUCAUUCCCUUUCUAAUUAACUUCAACCUAAAGGCAGUAACCACCAACCAGUCUUCGGGAUUUUAGCAACGGCACGAUAGACACCAGAUGGAAUAACCCUGAAGCCUUAUCACUUUUCUUAGUCUUCUCCUUUCUAUUCGUUGAACCUGGCGUUCCCCUAAUUAUCUUUUGAUCUAAAAUGGCUGGCCUACUAGACAAAAUUGGUGAGGACCUGGGGCUUACUGCGGGCUUGGGACUGGGCAAAGGGAGUGUUGAACCUACAAGUUCGGCAUCCGAUUCUCCGCUGCCAACGGAAACGAGCACUGCGGAUCCCACGCCGACAUCAGCGGAGGAGGAGACUGAUACGCCCGAGACGACGAGUGCCCAACCUUCACCCACCGAGCUUCCGAACAGUACAUCGGCAACCUCGCAGGCUAGCCCAACCUCAAUUGAGAGUGUAUUCACUAGCCCAACUCCCGAAGCCUCAUCAACACCCUCAUCAGCCACUGGUACCCCAAAAUCUCAAACAACACCACGAACCACGCUUGUCACAUCUACUCUCUCUUCCAGUUCGCUUAUUGAGAGCAUUGCUACAAGCAUAGGACUGUCUAGUUCAGUAUCCAGUUCCACCUCGAUUUUGCCAUCAAGUUCGACAUCAUCUUCAUUGGUCAGCCCAUCCUCGGUUGCUUCCGUAACCGAAGUCACCGCUACCACCAUUGUCUCGUCUCCAACCCCAGCUAUUACCACUCCAGUGGCAGUCGCAGAUGGAAACGGCAACGAGAUUACACAAAACCAGAGCACUGGUAACAACAAUGGCGGCGGUCUGUCUACUGCUGCCAUUGCUGGCAUAGCCGGUGGUGUAGGUGGUGUGAUACUGAUCAUAGCCAUACUCUUCGUUCUCCACAGAGUCUGGCGGAAAAGGCGGCAAGGAACCGACGACGCUCUCGAGAAGCUCGACCAGAUGUAUGAGGCCGGACGACCCGAAGGUUCCACCUCUACAGAUAGACUGGUGCGCUGGAACAAGGGCUUAUCCGAAUACCAUCACUCCGAUGCGUAUAAGGGAUAUAGAAUGUAAUGGACCUACCUCUCCUAGUCGAUCAGGGAAUGGGAUCAAUCUAUUGGG